UUGCUAAGAACUGAUCUUUGCGUAGUCAAAAACUUUUUCAAAUUUUUCAGUAAAACUAGCGGUGAUAAUAGUGAGCGAAGUCGAAACUAUGGCAUACCUAUUUGCAAUGCCAUAACACUUUUCAAUAUUGGUGAUUAUCAUCAAGUUGUGCAAACUUUAUUCCCAAUUCGCCAUAAACUAUAUCAUUUAGGAGGGAGUAAUGCCCAGCGUGAUAUAUUCACACAAAUGCUCAUACAUAGUGCUUUGUCUUCAGAAGAUGUAAAUGACCAUAAAAUCGCGAAAGCAUUAUUAGAAGAACGAAGUGUAACGAAAAAGAAUUCAUUCUUAGGUGAGAGACUGUUCAAGAAGUACCAGCAAUUGUGAAC